GCGGGGCGGGGACAGCCCAGCGGGUCUCUCCUCCCCCGCGCCCCAGGCCUCCAGCGGGGCGGGAGGGGACUGUUCCAUAUAAGCCCCGGCUCCCGGGGCUCGGACGCCCGCGCCGGCUGUGCUGCACAGGGGGAGGAGAGGGAACCCCAGGCGCGAGCGGGGAGAGGGGACCUGCAGCCACAACUUCUCUGGUCCUCUGCAUCCCCUCUGUUCCUCCACCCGUCCCCUUCCCACCCUCUGGCCCCCACCUUAUUGGAGGCGUCAACCCCCCGGAGGCAUUGGAAGGGAUUUUUCCCGCAGGUUGUGAAGGGAAGCAAACUUGGUGGCAACUUGCUUCCCGGUGAGGGCAUCUCUUCCCCACCGUCUCAACAUGCUCAGGGGUCCGGGGCCCGGGCUGCUGCUGCUGGCCGUCCUGUGCCUGGGGACAGCGGUGCCCUCCACGGGAGCCUCGAAGAGCAAGAGGCAGGCUCAGCAAAUGAUUCAGCCCCAGUCUCCGGUGGCUGUCAGUCAAAGCAAGCCCGGUUGUUAUGACAAUGGAAAACACUAUCAGAUAAAUCAACAGUGGGAGCGGACCUACCUGGGCAAUGCCUUGAUUUGUACUUGUUAUGGAGGAAGCCGAGGUUUUAACUGCGAGAGUAAACCUGAAGCUGAAGAGACUUGCUUUGACAAGUACACUGGGAACACUUACCGAGUGGGUGACACUUAUGAGCGUCCUAAAGACUCCAUGAUCUGGGACUGUACCUGCAUCGGGGCUGGGCGAGGGAGAAUAAGCUGCACCAUAGCAAACCGCUGCCAUGAAGGGGGUCAGUCCUACAAGAUUGGUGACACCUGGAGGAGACCACACGAGACUGGUGGUUACAUGUUAGAGUGUGUGUGUCUUGGUAAUGGAAAAGGAGAAUGGACCUGCAAGCCCAUAGCUGAGAAAUGUUUUGAUCAUGCUGCUGGGACUUCCUAUGUGGUCGGAGAAACCUGGGAGAAGCCCUACCAAGGCUGGAUGAUGGUAGAUUGUACUUGCCUGGGAGAAGGCAGCGGACGCAUCACGUGCACCUCUAGAAAUAGAUGCAACGAUCAGGACACGAGGACGUCCUAUAGAAUUGGAGACACCUGGAGCAAGAAGGAUAAUCGAGGAAACCUGCUCCAGUGCAUCUGCACAGGCAACGGCCGAGGAGAGUGGAAGUGUGAGAGGCACACCACUGUGCAGACCACAUCGAGCGGAUCUGGCCCCUUCACCGAUGUUCGUGAAGCUGUUUACCAACCGCAGCCUCACCCCCAGCCUGCCCCCUAUGGCCACUGUGUCACAGACAGUGGUGUGGUCUACUCUGUGGGGAUGCAGUGGCUGAAGACACAAGGAAAUAAGCAAAUGCUUUGCAUGUGCCUGGGCAAUGGAGUCAGCUGCCAAGAGACAGCUGUAACCCAGACUUAUGGUGGCAACUCAAAUGGAGAGCCAUGUGUCUUACCAUUCACCUACAAUGGCAGGACGUUCUACUCCUGCACCACAGAAGGGCGACAGGACGGACAUCUCUGGUGCAGCACAACUUCGAAUUAUGAGCAGGACCAGAAAUAUUCUUUCUGCACAGACCAUACUGUUUUGGUUCAGACUCGAGGAGGAAAUUCCAAUGGUGCCUUGUGCCACUUCCCCUUCCUAUACAACAACCACAAUUACACUGAUUGCACUUCUGAGGGCAGAAGGGACAACAUGAAGUGGUGUGGGACCACACAGAACUAUGAUGCCGACCAGAAGUUUGGAUUCUGCCCCAUGGCUGCCCAUGAGGAAAUCUGCACAACCAAUGAAGGGGUCAUGUACCGCAUUGGAGAUCAGUGGGAUAAGCAGCAUGACAUGGGCCACAUGAUGAGGUGCACGUGUGUUGGGAACGGUCGUGGGGAAUGGACAUGCAUUGCCUACUCGCAGCUUCGAGAUCAGUGCAUUGUUGAUGACAUCACUUACAAUGUGAAUGACACAUUCCACAAGCGUCAUGAAGAGGGACACAUGCUGAACUGUACAUGCUUCGGUCAGGGUCGGGGUAGAUGGAAGUGUGAUCCCGUCGACCAAUGCCAGGAUUCAGAGACUGGGACAUUUUAUCAAAUUGGAGAUUCAUGGGAGAAGUAUGUGCAUGGUGUCAGAUACCAGUGCUACUGCUAUGGCCGUGGCAUUGGGGAGUGGCAUUGCCAACCUUUACAGACCUAUCCAAGCUCAAGUGGUCCUGUCCAAGUAUUUAUCACUGAGACUCCGAGUCAGCCCAACUCUCACCCCAUCCAGUGGAAUGCACCACAGCCGUCUCACAUUUCCAAGUACAUUCUCAGGUGGAGGCCUAAAAAUUCUGUAGGCCGUUGGAAGGAAGCUACCAUACCAGGCCACUUAAACUCCUACACCAUCAAAGGCCUGAAGCCUGGUGUGGUAUACGAGGGCCAGCUCAUCAGCAUCCAGCAGUACGGCCACCGAGAAGUGACUCGCUUUGACUUCACCACCACCAGCACCAGCACACCUGUGACCAGCAACACCGUGACAGGAGAGACAACUCCCCUUUCUCCCCUUGUGGCCACUUCUGAAUCUGUCACUGAAAUCACAGCCAGCAGCUUUGUGGUCUCCUGGGUCUCAGCUUCCGACACUGUGUCAGGAUUCCGGGUGGAAUAUGAGCUGAGUGAGGAGGGAGACGAGCCACAGUAUCUGGAUCUUCCAAGCACAGCCACUUCCGUGAACAUCCCUGACCUGCUUCCUGGCCGAAAAUACAUUGUAAAUGUCUAUGAGAUAUCUGAGGAUGGGGAGCAGAGUUUGAUCCUGUCUACUUCACAAACAACAGCGCCCGAUGCCCCUCCUGACCCGACUGUGGACCAAGUUGAUGACACCUCAAUUGUUGUUCGCUGGAGCAGACCCCAGGCUCCCAUCACAGGGUACAGAAUAGUCUAUUCACCGUCAGUAGAAGGCAGCAGCACAGAACUCAACCUUCCUGAAACUGCAAACUCCGUCACCCUCAGUGACUUGCAACCUGGCGUUCAGUAUAACAUCACUAUCUUUGCCGUGGAAGAAAAUCAAGAAAGUACACCUGUUUUCAUUCAACAAGAAACCACUGGCACCCCACGUUCAGAUACAGUGCCCUCUCCCAGGGACCUGCAGUUUGUGGAAGUGACAGACGUGAAGGUCACCAUCAUGUGGACACCGCCUGAGAGUGCAGUGACUGGCUACCGCGUGGAUGUGAUCCCCGUCAACCUGCCUGGGGAGCACGGGCAGAGGUUGCCCAUCAGCAGGAACACCUUCGCAGAAGUCACCGGGCUGUCCCCUGGGGUCACCUAUUACUUCAAAGUCUUUGCCGUGAACCACGGGAGGGAGAGCAAGCCUCUGACUGCCGAACAGACAACCAAACUGGAUGCUCCCACUAACCUCCAGUUUGUCAAUGAAACGGAUUCUACUGUCCUGGUGAGAUGGACUCCACCUCGGGCCCGGAUAACAGGAUACCGACUGACUGUGGGCCUGACCCGAAGAGGCCAGCCCAGGCAGUACAAUGUGGGUCCCUCUGUCUCGAAGUACCCACUGAGGAAUCUGCAGCCUGGAUCAGAGUACACCGUAUCCCUUGUGGCCAUAAAGGGCAACCAAGAGAGCCCCAAAGCCACUGGAGUCUUUACCACACUGCAGCCUGGGAGCUCCAUUCCACCUUACAACACGGAGGUGACCGAGACCACCAUUGUGAUCACAUGGACACCUGCUCCAAGAAUUGGUUUUAAGCUGGGUGUACGACCAAGCCAGGGAGGAGAGGCACCACGAGAAGUGACUUCAGACUCAGGAAGCAUCGUUGUGUCUGGCUUGACUCCAGGAGUGGAAUAUGUCUACACCAUCCAAGUCCUGAGAGACGGACAGGAAAGAGAUGCGCCAAUUGUAAACAAAGUGGUGACACCAUUGUCUCCACCAACAAACUUGCAUCUGGAGACAAACCCUGACACUGGAGUGCUCACAGUCUCCUGGGAGAGGAGUACCACCCCAGACAUUACUGGUUAUAGAAUUACCACAACCCCUACAAACGGCCAGCAGGGAUAUUCUUUGGAAGAAGUGGUCCAUGCUGAUCAGAGCUCCUGCACUUUUGAUAACCUGAGUCCCGGCCUGGAGUACAAUGUCAGUGUUUACACUGUCAAGGAUGACAAGGAAAGUGUCCCUAUCUCUGAUACCAUCAUCCCAGAGGUGCCCCAACUCACUGACCUAAGCUUUGUUGAUAUAACCGAUUCAAGCAUCGGCCUGAGGUGGACCCCGCUAAACUCUUCCACCAUUAUUGGGUACCGCAUCACAGUAGUUGCGGCAGGAGAAGGUAUCCCUAUUUUUGAAGAUUUUGUGGACUCCUCAGUAGGAUACUACACAGUCACAGGGCUGGAGCCGGGCAUUGACUAUGAUAUCAGCGUUAUCACUCUCAUUAAUGGCGGCGAGAGUGCCCCUACUACACUGACACAACAAACGGCUGUUCCUCCUCCCACUGACCUGCGAUUCACCAACAUUGGUCCAGACACCAUGCGUGUCACCUGGGCUCCACCCCCAUCCAUUGAUUUGACCAACUUCCUGGUGCGUUACUCACCUGUGAAAAAUGAGGAAGAUGUUGCAGAGUUGUCAAUUUCUCCUUCAGACAAUGCAGUGGUCUUAACAAAUCUCCUGCCUGGUACAGAAUAUGUAGUGAGUGUCUCCAGUGUCUACGAACAACACGAGAGCACACCUCUUAGAGGAAGACAGAAAACAGGUCUUGAUUCCCCAACUGGCAUUGACUUUUCUGAUAUUACUGCCAACUCUUUUACUGUGCACUGGAUUGCUCCUCGAGCCACCAUCACUGGCUACAGGAUCCGCCAUCACCCCGAGCACAUGAGCGGGAGACCUCGAGAAGAUCGGGUGCCCCCCUCUCGGAAUUCCAUCACCCUCACCAACCUCACUCCAGGCACAGAGUAUGUGGUCAGCAUCGUUGCUCUUAAUGGCAGAGAGGAAAGUCCCUUAUUGAUUGGCCAACAAUCAACAGUUUCUGAUGUUCCGAGGGACCUGGAAGUUGUUGCUGCGACCCCCACCAGCUUGCUGAUCAGCUGGGAUGCUCCUGCUGUCACUGUGAGAUAUUACAGGAUCACUUAUGGAGAAACAGGAGGAAAUAGCCCUGUCCAGGAGUUCACUGUGCCUGGGAGCAAGUCUACAGCUACCAUCAGUGGCCUUAAACCUGGAGUCGAUUAUACCAUCACUGUGUAUGCUGUCACUGGCCGUGGAGACAGCCCCGCAAGCAGCAAGCCAAUUUCCAUUAAUUACCGAACAGAAAUUGACAAACCAUCACAGAUGCAAGUGACCGAUGUUCAGGACAACAGCAUUAGUGUCAAGUGGCUGCCUUCAAGUUCCCCUGUUACUGGUUACAGAGUAACCACCACUCCCAAAAAUGGACCAGGACCAACAAAAACUAAAACUGCAGGUCCAGAUCAAACAGAAAUGACUAUUGAAGGCUUGCAGCCCACAGUGGAGUAUGUGGUUAGUGUCUUUGCUCAGAAUCCAAACGGAGAGAGUCAGCCUCUGGUUCAGACUGCAGUAACCAACAUUGAUCGCCCUAAAGGACUGGCAUUCACUGAUGUGGAUGUCGAUUCCAUCAAAAUUGCUUGGGAAAGCCCACAGGGGCAAGUUUCCAGGUACAGGGUGACCUACUCGAGCCCUGAGGAUGGAAUCCAUGAGCUAUUCCCUGCACCUGAUGGUGAAGAAGACACUGCAGAGCUGCAAGGCCUCAGACCGGGUUCUGAGUACACAGUCAGUGUGGUUGCCUUGCACGAUGAUAUGGAGAGCCAGCCCCUGAUUGGAACCCAGUCCACAGCUAUUCCUGCACCAACUGACCUGAAGUUCACUCAGGUCACACCAACGAGCCUGAGCGCCCAGUGGACACCACCCAAUGUUCAGCUCACUGGAUAUCGAGUGCGGGUGACCCCCAAGGAGAAAACCGGACCAAUGAAAGAAAUCAACCUUGCUCCUGACAGCUCAUCCGUGGUUGUAUCAGGACUUAUGGUGGCCACCAAAUAUGAAGUGAGUGUCUAUGCUCUUAAGGACACUCUGACAAGCAGACCAGCUCAGGGAGUUGUCACCACUCUAGAGAAUGUCAGCCCACCAAGAAGGGCUCGUGUGACAGAUGCUACUGAGACCACCAUCACCAUUAGCUGGAGAACCAAGACCGAGACGAUCACUGGCUUCCAAGUUGAUGCUGUUCCAGCCAAUGGCCAGACUCCAGUCCAGAGAACCAUCAAGCCAGAUGUCAGAAGCUACACCAUCACAGGUUUACAACCAGGCACUGACUACAAGAUCUACCUGUACACCCUGAACGACAAUGCCCGGAGCUCCCCUGUGGUCAUCGACGCCUCCACUGCCAUUGAUGCACCAUCCAACCUGCGUUUCCUGGCCACCACACCCAAUUCCUUGCUGGUAUCGUGGCAGCCGCCACGUGCCAGGAUCACCGGCUACAUCAUCAAGUAUGAGAAGCCUGGGUCUUCUCCCAGAGAAGUGGUCCCUCGGCCCCGCCCUGGUGUCACAGAGGCUACUAUUACUGGCCUGGAACCGGGAACCGAAUAUACCAUUUAUGUCAUUGCCCUGAAGAAUAAUCAGAAGAGCGAGCCCCUGAUUGGAAGGAAAAAGACAGUUCAAAAGACCCCUUUCAUCACCCACCCUGGGUAUGACACUGGAAAUGGUAUUCAGCUUCCUGGCACUUCUGGUCAGCAACCCACUGUUGGGCAACAAAUGAUCUUUGAGGAACAUGGUUUUAGGCGGACCACACCUCCCACAACAGCCACCCCCAUAAGGCAUAGGCCAAGACCAUACCCGCCGAAUGUAGGUGAGGAGAUUCAAAUUGGUCACAUCCCCAGGGAAGACGUAGACUAUCACCUCUACCCACAUGGGCUGGGACUCAAUCCAAAUGCCUCUACAGGACAAGAAGCUCUCUCUCAGACAACCAUCUCAUGGGCCCCAUUCCAGGACACUUCUGAGUACAUCAUUUCAUGUCAUCCUGUUGGCACUGACGAAGAGCCCUUACAGUUCAGGGUUCCUGGAACUUCUACCAGUGCCACUCUGACAGGCCUCACCAGAGGUGCCACCUACAACAUCAUAGUGGAGGCACUGAAAGACCAGCAGAGGCAUAAGGUUCGGGAAGAGGUUGUUACCGUGGGCAACUCUGUCAAUGAAGGCUUGAACCAACCUACGGAUGACUCAUGCUUUGACCCCUACACGGUUUCCCAUUACGCCGUUGGAGAUGAGUGGGAACGAAUGUCUGAAUCAGGCUUUAAACUGUUGUGCCACUGCUUAGGCUUUGGAAGUGGUCAUUUCAGAUGUGAUUCAUCUAGAUGGUGCCAUGACAAUGGUGUGAACUACAAGAUUGGAGAGAAGUGGGACCGUCAGGGAGAAAAUGGCCAGAUGAUGAGCUGCACGUGUCUUGGGAAUGGAAAAGGAGAAUUCAAGUGUGACCCUCAUGAGGCAACGUGUUAUGAUGAUGGGAAGACGUACCACGUAGGAGAACAGUGGCAGAAGGAAUAUCUCGGUGCCAUUUGCUCCUGCACAUGCUUUGGAGGCCAGCGGGGCUGGCGCUGUGACAACUGCCGCAGACCUGGGGGUGAACCCAGUCCCGAAGGCACUACUGGUCAGUCCUACAACCAGUAUUCUCAGAGAUACCAUCAAAGAACAAACACUAAUGUUAAUUGCCCAAUUGAGUGCUUCAUGCCUUUAGAUGUACAGGCUGACAGAGAAGAUUCCCGAGAGUAAAUCUUUCCAACCCAGAGGAACAAGCGUGUCUCUCUGCCAAGAUCCAUCUAAACUGGAGUGAUGUUAGCAGACCCAUCUUAGAGUUCUUGUUUCUUUCUUAAGCCCUUUGCUCUGGAGGAAGUGCUCCAGCUUCAGCUCAACUCACAGCUUCUCCAAGCAUCACCCUGGGAGUGUCCGGAGAGUUUUCUCGUAAAUGAGGGCUGCACAUUGCCUGUUCUGCUUCAAAGUAUUCAAUACCGCUCAGUAUUUUAAAUGAAGUGAUUCUAACUUGUGAUUUGGUGUGGGAUCAAUAGGAAAGCAUAUGCAGCCAACCAAGAUGCAACAUGUAUUGAAAUGAUAUGACCAAAAUUUUAAGUAGGAAAGUCACCCAAACACUUCUGCUUUCACUUAAGUGUCUGGCCCGCGAUACUGUAGGAACAAGCAUGACCUUGUUACUGUGAUAUUUUAAAUAUCCACAGUACUCACUUUUUCCAAAUGAUCCUAGUAAUUGCCUAGAAAUCUUUCUCUUACCUGUUAUUUAUCAAUUUUUCCCAGUAUUUUUAUACGGAAAAAAUUGUAUUGAAAACACUUAGUAUGCAGUUGAUAAGAGGAAUUUGGUAUAACUAUGGUUGGUGAUUAUUUUUUAUACUGUAUGUGCCAAAGCUUUACUACUGUGGAAAGACAACUGUUUUAAUAAAAGAUUUACAUUCCACAA